CCUGACGUCGAAGAAGACGUUGCAGGAGGAUGCCGGAAGUGAUCAGAAAGUAAUCAGACAGAUCGAUGCUGUGGUUGUUCAUUCAUCUGGAAAACGCAAAUAAUAUUUCUCUCUCGGGUUAUUUAUAACCCCGUGACAUUAUAGCCCGGGUUUAAUGAGUCCUUCGUCCUGACAAACGGCAAUUUAGUUCAAGUAGCAGCUGUCCAACAUGGCGGCGGUAGACGUGGAGGAUGAGAGUAUUCUGGCGUCGAUCUUUAAGGACAGUUUCCCGGACAGCUGGAGGGACAACCCGGACUUCGCCGCUUACCUGUCCGAGCUGAGCUCCUUCGGGGUGGAGAAGCUGAGCCGGGAGCCGGAGCGGCUGGCGGAGGAGCGGGCCCAGAUCCUGCAGCAGACCCGGGAGCUGGCCUUCUCCAACUACCAGACCUUCAUCCGCACGGCGGAAUGCACCGAGCACAUCUACCGGGACUUCGGCCGGGUGGAGAGCAGCGUGUCCCGGCUCCUGGAGAAACUGCCCAGCUUUGGGGAAAGAUGCAGGGGUUUCAUGAAGGAGGCAGAGGAGAUCGGAGCCAGCCGCCGCAUGAACAGCCUCACGUUGAACCGUCACACUGAGAUCCUGGAGAUUCUGGAGAUCCCACAGCUCAUGGACACCUGCGUCCGCAAUGGAUACUAUGAGGAGGCUCUGGAGCUCGCAGCGUACGUCAAGAGACUAGAGAAGAAGCACUCGUCACUUCCUGUCAUCCAGGGUAUCGUGCGUGAAGUGCGGCAGUCGACUCAGCUGAUGCUCAACCAGCUGCUGCAACAGUUGCGUAGCAACGCGCAACUUCCUGUCUGUCUGCGUGUCAUUGGCUACCUGCGGAGGAUGGACGUGUUCACGGAGGCGGAGCUAAGGGUGAAGUUCCUCCAAGCACGCGGCACUUGGCUGAACUCCAUCCUGUCCGCCAUCCCUGAGGACGACGCCUACUUUCACAUCACCAAAACUGUAGAGGCCUGCCGCGUCCACCUGUUCGACAUCAUCACUCAGUACCGCGCCAUCUUCUCUGAUGAGGACCCGCUGGUGCCCCCUGUUGGUGGGCAGGUGGUGGUGAACGAAGGGGCCAUCUUUCACGGCUGGGUGGUGCAGAAGGUGGCCGAGUUCCUGGAGACAUUACAGCAGGACCUGCAGCGAGGCGUGGGGGGCCGCCUGGACUCGCUGCUGGGCCAGUGCAUGUACUUCGGCCUGUCCUUCAGCAGGGUGGGAGCAGACUUCCGUGGGCAGCUGGCGCCCAUGUUCCAGCGAGUAGCGGGAGACACAUUCCGCCGAGCUCUGCAGGAGGCGGUGGAAAAGUUUCAGGAGGACAUGAACAUGUAUACGCUCAUCGCCCUGCCCACGGUGUUGGGUGGUACCAUCCCCCCUGUGGUACCCAGCACCCAGCCCGGUACCCUGCAGCCGCCCAUGUCCCUGCUGGACUUCCAGCCUCUGGCCUGUUUCCUCAACAACAUCCUGACUGCGUUCAAUGACCUGCGGCUCUGCUGCCCCGUCGGACUGGCCCAGGACGUGACUGAGAGCCUGGAGGACGCCCUGAAGAUGGUGACCCGUCAGAUCGUGGUGUUCCACAGGGCAGAGGAGACAGCCUUCAGCAGCAGAGAGAAGGAGCUGUUUGUCCAGUUCUGCUGUGCGUACGCUGAGGAUCUGCUGCCGUUCCUGAAUCGCUGUCUUCAGGUCCUGUUUCCUCCAGCUCAGAUCGCUCUCAUUCUGGGUGUUCCUCCGACUCAGCUCCAUAAAUAUGGCAGUUUGGGCUGCAUCGACCUCUCUUCAGUCCUUGAGCCGCUGGAGUUCGUGCUUCCACAGAGAGAGGUGAUAGAAGCGACGCCUCCUGGACUGGACGUCGACAUCAGCACAGACCUGAACAGCCUGACACUGGAAACACAACUUAAAGACCCCAAAACGGAGCCGGAUCCCACAGCAGAGGAGGGUCAGGACCUGAUCCUGGGUCAGGACCUGAUCCUGGGUCAGGACCUGAUCCUGGGUCAGUCCAGUCAGACUCUGACCUGAGGUCUGAGGAGGAAGAGACGAUACAAGACUGACCGACCGGACAAACAAACACUAUUAAAUAAUAACAGAUGCAGUUGGUAAAGUUUUACAGAUUAUUUUUGACACUGGGAGCUGACAUUAUAUUUAUGGACAUUUAUUAACAAAAAAAAUAAUAAUUAAAGUCAAAUGAAAAAUAUGACU